CUAGACGUCCGUUGCGCGUCAUUCCCAAUCUGCCACGGAACAAUUCCAUUCCACCUCGACUCUCUUCCGCCUUCCACUUUCACCCGCCUGAAACCACUACUGUACCUCUGUCAUGCUGCCCUCAGACUCUUCAUCCUACAGCUGCAAGCUGCGCAAGCGUCAACUCCGCCAUGUUCAUUCGAGGCAUGGCGGUGGAGCGACUCCAUCGUCAGUAAUUGCCCGCGCUCUCAUUGACGCUGCGGCAAAGUCCGUCGACUACCUUAUUGGCUAUGCCCUCGCGUCACAUCGGCUCAAUUCUUCCAAGCCUUGCAACGUGCUCCACCACACACUACUAUCGACGCUUUCCAGAAGACACGCACGGGCGCCUAUGGAAGCUACCAAGUGGGUCCUCUCCAACGACGACCUGCCUGCUCGGCCUCUGCGCGGCAACCACUCAAGGGUCUGGUCACUCUCUGAGCCCGCCUCGUCUGCAUCUGGUUCUCUUACCCGCCACUUACCCGGCCGCUGGAAAAUUGCAAAAGAAAAAGUCCGGGGAAUGCAAUAUACACAUCUACGAAUGAGAGCCCCCGCCUAAUCCAAUUAAAUUUUGUCUAUAUGGUAGAAUGCACAGCGACCGAGGUUUGGGUUGGCAAGUCCAGAGCAAAGUGGGGUCCAUAGUUGCCGUCGGCCUUCAUGAUCACCUAACAUUCAUAGCGCGCUACCCGACCGGACCAGUACGUAAUAGCUGUGGGCUGGCAUUGACUG